GUAUCUGCGCGCGCGCCCCCGGCGUGGGGUGGGUGGGGGUCCAUUGCAGUUGCCAGCGUGAACUUCGCCGCCAAAGCUUCCAGGAAGAGGCCGAGCGAGCCCCGCCCCGGGUGGCAGCCCAGCCAGCGCCGUUCCCGGACGCCUGGAGAAUCCCGGGCUUGCUCUCCAGGAGUCGGAAAGUCCCCACGCGUGCUUAGCUCGGGGAGGGAGAGAGAAAGCGCCGUUUAAGUAUAUGCUGUGUGAGGAAAUGGGUGUAACUACCGUGGGCAUUUCGGGAAUGACCCCGGGAAAGAGUGGCAAUCCCAAGGAAGGGCGAUCACUUGUUGGAGUGCUUUUUUAAAAAAAGACAGCACGGAAACGUGCAGCUCCCUGAACGACGCUUUGCAGUGUGUUUUCUUUAAAGUCGUCGCUGCUGCUUUCAAGUGUGCGUAGGAUUGCAGCCUCAGACAGGCUUUCACAGUCAAGGGGUGUAGACACAGUUACGUAAAAUGGGCUAGUUGCUUCUUAUUCCCCUGAUGCUCAUAAUGGGAUAUUAAAAUAUGAGCGGGUGGUAUUUAUUUUUUAAUAGCACUAUCAUACAUGCUUGUGAGGACAGGAAUCUAAUUAUAUUUAUAACUGGGAGCACCAGAGCAGAUGGCUUUUGUUGUUCUGGGUUAAUUAAAGCAGAGAACAAAAGUGCAGCCUGCCAAGUUAACAUUGCAAAUGAUUUUUAAAGGUAGCCUUUUUAGAAUAUAUACUUCUGGAGGAAGUAUUAACUCUUAACUCUUAAUGCAGAUUUGUGGUUGUAAUACAGAAUACUGAUACAGUAGAGGCUCUCUAAGCUCUGGUAAGGAGGGAUGAAUGGAUCUGUUAUUUUUGGUUUCCCAAUCUUAAAUUCUCUGCCAAUUAGCAUUUUUUAAACAAAAUAAAUAAAUAAAUAAAUAAAUGACCAGCAUUUUGAUUAAAUUUCUCUUAAUACACACAUUUUUGCAAAGCACUUUCCUCUAAUAUAAUGCUUUGGGGAUUUGCUAUUUUCACAAAUGCAUGCAUUUUUAUGCACACUUUUACCCUAGACUGAUGAGAUAAACAUUUGAGUUACAGAAUAAAGAAGGAAGUCAAAAACCACAAGGCCACAACUUUUGCUAAAGUUUAUUGUGUGGCUGCAAGUUGGCAACUGUCGUUGAUUUUUCCAGUUGUUGCAUCCAUUUUACAAUUACACUGUCAGUACUCCAGUUUCAUACUUGUAGUGGUUCUCAGAGGCCUGCCACUGACAUUUACUUGGCUGGUAAACAUUUUUGUGCAACAAGAGGAACAGAAACAUACCUUUCCCGCCAUCACACAAAAGAUGUUUCAUAUGAAAAUGUGGUUCAUGGGAACAGACUUCCAGUAAGGGAAGAAAAGGGGGAGAGAUUGCAUCUUGCCACCCUAUGUUCAGUGCAGCUGCCAGAUUUAUGCAAAGAGGACAGAACAUAAAGAGUCUGGCUGGAUCCGGCCCAAGGCUCAUCUAGCCCAACAUCAUGUUCUCCAAAUGGCCAGCCAGGUGCCUGUGGGAAGCCUGCAGAAGCAUUCUGCCCACCCACACCUGGUGUUCAGCAACAUUAACACCUCCCUGCCAUGGAGGCAGUGGCUCAUAGCCAUUGAUAGCCUUACCCUUCAUGAAUUUGCCUAAGCCUCUUUUAAAUCCAGUCAAGUUGGUGGCCAUUACUUCCUCCUGCAGGAGCAAGUUCCAUAGUUUAAAAACAGGCAAGUCCCAAUUUACGUUCCAAGGCACCACACAUUUAAGUGAAAUCACAUAUAUUGGAAACACCAUUGAAAAAUGUCUGGAAACCUUUGGCUGAACCAAUAGUCUUGGAUUCCCAACCCCCUUCAGGUCAGCCAGCACAUAGCCAAUGGGAUGAUGGGUGCUGUAAUGAAACAAGACCCGGAACAACACAGAUUCCCCACGACUUGUUUAGGGUUCAUUUUGACAUAUUUGGCCGGAGAAGAAUAUCUUCUGGAUUGGAGCCAACGGAGUUCUACUUUUACUAUUAAAAGUAAUGGAAAUAAAGUUGGGCGUAUUAAGCGCAGUGGAUCGGCUCAGAGUAGACGAGCACCGGCUACAACCCCUAUGUCUCCUUGAAGGAAAAAGAUGAUCACGGCCACAUAAAAGAUCACAGCUACAAACCUUUUGCAUCUCUUUAAAGAGGAAUAAAAUGUCCGUCUUCCAAAUUCAGCAACAUACUAUGUGCAGAGCUCUAUGAAAGCCUUAAUGCAUGUUUGCAAACACUUGCAAUCAUACAGGUACACUCACCGACAAGUCCAUAUUGGCGGACAACUUGCCACCAUGUCAUGUAUGAAACUUAUCUCAUUCCUGUCCAGACACACCAACCUAGUGUAGCUGGGGGCAAGGGGACUUAACUGCGACUCAAUUUUAUGCUCUCUUGUGGUCAUGAAGACUUCUUCCCAAUCUGCCCCAAGAUUUCAAAUGCUGUGUGUUAGGCUUAUUUCUAUAGGGACAAGGUACCGACUUGUCUAAAUAUCAGCUUGGAAACCAGCUUGGUAAACUUUCCCCGGCAGUUAUGCUGGAAGAACAGUAACUCCAUUCAGCAGCUGUUCCUUCUGCAUACCCGCAUACACCCCAUGCUUGAUAAUAGGCACUCAUCACCUCAUUAUCUGCAGGAGUCACCUGCCUAAGGCAAACACGGAAAGGGUUCUCCUUACAUACCUUCUGCUUAGAGAUCUUCACCUUUGCUCCCCCAACUGCCGAAUGCACCAAUUGGAGCAAGCUGCUUUGCAUCUCAUGCCGUCAUAAAUGGAGACUAAUCCCUAAUCCAGCCCUAACCAUAGGCACUAUGAAAAUUGGGUGUGUUUUUUUACCUGCAAAUUGGUUCCGUUUAUCUUGGCCUCUUGGUGCAGAUCUUUCCAUUCCAGGAAAGAGAACCAUUCCAUUAUUAGAAAACUGUGUAUAAAUAAAACACUUCUGAGGUUGUUUUGCAAAGGUAUGGUGAGCCCCAGUUGGUGGCUGUCAAAUUCAUGUAACUCUCAAGUGAAGUGUUUUAGCACGAUGUGUAACUUGGCCCUAAACCAGCCGGGAUGUUGAUGGGGCUGGUGUAGCAAGAAGCACCAGAAGCCCUCUGUUUGUAUCAAACACCCCCCCCCCAAAAAAACACUUUCUGUGGAAAAGCCCAAUGAAUCUAUAUUGGAAAGCAGCCAAACGUUUCCCACAUGUUUGGUGUUUCAGGAACUGCAGAGACAAGAAAGCCUUGCAAGCUUACCAAGGGAGGGUGGAGAGAGAACAUUUCCUUUGUUGCAGUCUAUUGCUCACAGAAGCAAAUGUGAGGGAAAUGGCACAGUGGUGAAGCAGAAGGUUUGAGUUGCACCUGGUGGCACCGUGAGCGUAGGCACCCAGGACGCCUCAGCAGAACAGGAAGGAGGGCCUCAAAAAGCAGCAGGGCAGGCUUAUUACAAAUGGAAGCAAGCAAAGCAGUAUACAUUAUAAAACCGUCAAGUCUAGAACAUAAAAUCAUCCCCUAAUUGCGCUACUGAUGGCCCCCAACAUAGAAGCGUAAUAAUUUGGAUUUUUUUUUUUAAUCAGUAAAAGGUUCCCCAAAGGGGAAUGUGUGUGACAUUCAACAGUAAAGGUACAGUUCAGGCAGGUCUUAAGAAGUAGGAAUAAAACUUAGAAUCAUAGAGUUGGAAGAGACCACAAGGGCCAUCCAGUCCAGCCCCCUCAAAGCAACUUUUAGGGUGCAAUAUACAUGCGGGGGGGGGACACCACAGAAAUUUGCGAUUGAUGGAUUUACCCUGGUCUAAAUGGUGCAGCUGAACCAGGUUGAACAAAAAGGCUCCCACAAUAAAUGAAACAGAUAUAAACAAUAAAAAACAACAAUGAAAUAGUAAUAAUAGAGAUUAAUGAUAUACAGUACAUUAAUCCUGGGAAUGCAACAGAAUUAGAAUCUGGUAACUGAGGGCACCAAAAUCUUUUAAGUGCUUAGGGCUUCUGAAGGUCUUAAUCCAGCCUGUCUUUGAGCCAAUUUCUUGUUCUCAUAGGAGAAUCCUGUCUCCACAGUUUAAUACUAAGACAUGGGUGGCGCUGUAGCAAGACGUGGGUGGCGCUGUGGGUUAAACCACAGAGCCUAGGGCUUGCCGAUCAGAAGGUCGGCGGUUCGAAUCCCCGUGACGGGGUGAGCUCCCGUUGUUCGGUCCCAGCUCCUGCCAACCUAGCAGUUCGAAAGUACGCAGUGCAAGUAGAUAACUAGGUACCGCUUCGGCGGGAAGGUAAACGGCGUUUCCGUGCACUGCUCUGGUUCGCCAGAAGCGGCUUAGUCAUGCUGGCCACAUGACCCAGACGCUGUACGCCGGCUCCCUCAGCCAGUAAAGCCAGAUGAGCACCGCAACCCCGGAGUCGGUCACGACUGGACCUAAUGGUCAGGGGUCCCUUUACCUUUACCUUUAGUGGUCUCAGCGGGUAAUUGCAACAAGCACAAUUCCCCAGUGUGGAACAAAGGCCCGAUUUGUUUUCUUCCUGUGCAAACAGCCACCUAUAAGUUUCUUGAACUUGCUGCUAAUUAGGCAGGUGGGGAAAAUCCUGCUGCUGCUGCAGCAGCAGCCAAAAUCAGAUUCUGAAAUUAACCAAAACCCAUCCCUAGCUGCAGAAUUGUUGCCAAACCUGUUGUAACAAAUGGCACAGGCUUUCUGUUUGCCCUGUUUCCUUUCUGGGUGCAUUCAAGUGAAUUUACUUCCUGGGUGGUGUUAAUUCUUUAUUCCUCCACCCAAUUGUGAUUUUUUUUCUUUUUGGGGGCUUGGACUCAAGCCAUCUAAACUUUCCUGCUGCAAUCAAAGAAAGAAAGACUCCUGUGCAGCAACCAAACACCUGUGCAGAGAAAGCUGUAAAACCUCAAGAUCCGGUAGCAUUGAAAACAAUUGUGCAAGUCACCUGACUUGAGCGCUUUGUGGCAACCCUGGGACAUUCCACGUCCUGUAACCGUUUCUGAGGAAAGAAGCAGGUCCUGUUGUAAGACUGAAUUUGAGAUUUCUUUGGUUCAAGCUACAGCUUGUUGCAUGAAUUUACCAAGCAAUGGGAAGUUAUGGGCUCUUCUCCAAAGUACAGAAAGAGUCUUCUAGUGUGGGCUUUUUUCCCCAUUUCAGAAAACAUAAGGUUAUUCACAAGGCAGCGGAUGACUCCCGGGAUGCACACCCUACUGAAAGCAAGCCGGAUAUCGGCGAGAGGCCAGGAGAAAGAAGCAGCUUCCCCAGCUCUGCAGGGCACUUGUUCUUUGAAUAUUUGGUUGUGGUCUCGCUCAAAAAGAAUGCUAAAGGAGAUUAUGAGCCCAAGAUUACCUACCAGUUUCCAAAGCGUGAGAACUUGAUGAGGGGACAGCGUGAAGAAGAGGAAAGGUUGUUGCAGGCCAUUCCCCUUUUCUGCUUUCCUGAUGGCAAUGAAUGGGCACCGCUCACAGAGUUUAACAGUGAAACCUUUUCUUUUGUUCUCACCAAUGUUGAUGGAAGUAGAAAGAUUGGCUACUGCAGGCGACUGUUGCCAUCUGGACGAGGUGCUCGUCUUCCAGAGGUUUACUGCAUUGUAAGCUGCCUGGGUUGUUUUGGCCUGUUUUCAAAGAUUUUGGAUGAGGUGGAGAAAAGGCGGCAGAUCUCAGCAGCUGUCAUCUACCCCUUUAUGCAGGGUCUACGUGAAUCCCCUUUUCCAGCACCAGGAAAAACGGUCACCAUUAAAAGCUUCAUCCCCGACUCAGGGACAGAGCAUAUUGAGCUAACACGGCCUCUGGACUCUCACUUGGAACAUGUGGAAUUUCAGGCCCUCUUUCAGUGCCUCAGUCCCGAGAAGAUACUCCAGAUAUUUGCCUCUGCAGUGCUGGAACGACGGAUAGUAUUCCUGGCCGAAGAACUCAGUUCCCUUUCCAAGUGCAUCCAUGCAGCUGCAGCUCUCCUUUACCCCUUCACCUGGGCCCAUACGUACAUCCCGGUGGUUCCAGAGCAGCUUCUCAGCACUGUCUGCUGCCCCACACCCUUCAUGGUUGGGAUCCAGAAGCGCUACCUAGACGAGGUUCAGGAGCAACCCAUGGAAGAGGUGCUCCUUGUUGAUCUGUGCAAAGGAAAGUUCUUAAAAUUGGUUGGUGACGAAGAAGAGAUUUUGCCUGCCAAGCUACAAAGCGAGAUGCUGUCGUCUCUGCCCAUGAUGAACAACAACGUACAAACAUCUGAGGAACUCAACACGCGUGUUUCAGACGCCUUUGUGCAGUUUUUCGUCAAAACAAUUGGCCACUAUCCGGCACACAUCAAAUGGGGCAAGAAUGGUCAGGGCAGCUUCCAGGAGAGGUCGUUCUGCAAGGCCCUCACCUCCAAGACCAAUCGCAAGUUCCUGAAAAAGUUUGUGAAGACGCAGAUGUUCUCCUUAUUUAUUCAAGAAGCAGAAAGGAACAAGAGGAGUGUUGAAGGAUAUUUUCAGAAGAGAUUAAAUGAAUAUGAAGAACAAAAGAAGCAAAGGAGACUCUCCUGAAUAUGGGCUCUCAGGAUUGCUCACCAGCAGAUGGACAGGCCUGUGCCUAAAGUAAUUGGACCAAGAUAACUUCCUAGAAGGAAGAAUGUUAUUGGAUAUGCUGGUUCUCAAUGUAGCCCAUCCUUCAUCUGUGAACCAUGAGAUGCCAACUUCACUUCAAGCUCUACUUUUUAAUCUUCUCUUCCUUUUCAAGACUGGCACUACAGAGCUUUUCUAUCAUAUACAGUAGAUAAAGUUUGGCUGCAUUUAACAGCCUGGCUUGGAAGUAGGACUGCAGUUCUUUAAGAAAACAGCAGCAUAAAACUGAAAUGAACCAAGUGAUCAUCUUGGUCAAAACAGGACUCUAGAAAUUCAGUCAAAUGAAGGAGAUGUGGGGUAGUUAAUAAUGACAAAGAUUGUAUAGCAAGUGAUGAGAAAAAAUAUAUUCAUGGGAAACAUUUCUGUUCUCAUUAAAUGGUUUCCAAAUCAAUGGUUUCAUUCAGUGUUUGCUUCUACUGGCAUCCUAUUAUUGGAAUCAAAUUUCUGUUUUUAUUUCAUUGCUCUUAUUUCCAUUUUUGUAAAGUUGUGUUUCUACACUCAGUCAAGUAGCAAUGGCUCCACUUGCUCACAUAUUUGUUCACAUACUGUAUAUUUUUCUUAAGGGGGAAAAACGUAUUGAAUUUUCCUUCUUACCUAGGGCUUUUGGCCCUUGGUUUAAAGGAUUUCUAAAGUAUUUGAGGCCUCUUUUGGUGGGUGGGGCAGGAUCUGUGUAGAUGGAUUUGUAUUUGUAUAGAUGGAUUUGCUUUUGUUUAGACUUUCAUGACUGUGUUAAUUGUCAUUGGUUUUAGUGUUUCCAUUGUGUUUGUAAAUUGCUUUGUCAUUUUUAUGAGUAAAGCAACUAAAUAAUAAUACUCAAGGGGUGUGGUGGCAAGUAGUAGCAUGCAAAGGAAUGAAAGGAAGAUUCUCAAACUGAUUUGAAAGGAAUAAAAGAAUAGAAAAUGUGGAAGUGAGACAGGGAUUUAAAAAGCAACCUUCAUGCAAUCUCAUUUUGACACUAUGAAGGGGAACAAGCAGCCCAACCCUGUUGAACCACACAAUAGAGAGGUGCUAGUUCAAAGCAUCCUUUUCUUUUUUAAAGGGACCCUUUCACCUGACACAUAAUAUGUUGUUGUUGUUGUUGUUGUUGUUUAGUCGUUUAGUCGUGUCCGACUCUUCGUGACCCCAUGGACCAUAGCACGCCAGGCACUCCUGUCUUCCACUGCCUCCCGCAGUUUGGUCAAACUCAUGUUCGUAGCUUCGAGAACACUGUCCAACCAUCUUGUCCUCUGUCGUCCCCUUCUCCUAGUGCCCUCAAUCUUUCCCAACAUCAGGGUCUUUUCCAAGG